AUGAAAACCCUUGCCUCCAUUCGAAUUAGGUACGACGCCGAUCUCAUCACGCGAGCAGCAAGCGUGACGCUGAAGGAGCGGAGAAGACUGGUCCUCGUUGCCAGAGAGACUCCUCUGAGCUCCAUACAUCUCGAAAACAUGCUCAAGCUCAGCGAGGCUGGCGCCGUGGUGAUGCCCCCUGUCAUGGCUUUCUACACUCGGCCACAGAGUAUCAAUGACAUGGUACAGCUGAGUGUGAAGAGGAUGCUGGACUUGCUUGGCGUUGGAGAGGAGUUCGAUGUGGAAGAAUAG